UUAGUUUGAAACACCCCACGAUAACCAUGACUUUCAAUGUUGAUGAAACACUACUAAAACUCACCCUCAAUGACAAAGUCAAGCUUCUGACAGGACUGGGAUGGUGGCAUACUGAAGCGAUUCCACAUGCAAACAUUGAGUCAAUGAGAAUGAGCGAUGGUCCCAAUGGCGUUCGUGGUACUCAGUACUUCAAUGGCGUGCCGUCGAGCUGCUUUCCUUCGUCCACCGGCCUCGGAUCAUCCUUCGACCUGGAGCUUGCAUACAAGAUCGGUGAAGCCCUUGGAGACGAGUGUCGCGCCAAGAGCUGCCACAUACUCCUUGCACCAACUGUCAACACCCAACGUUCUCCACUUGGUGGAAGGGGUUUCGAGUCGUUUUCUGAGGACGGCGUCUUGAACGGGGAAAUCGCUGCUGCGUAUAUAAACGGUUUACAAUCGAAAGGCGUUAGUGCUACCAUCAAGCACUAUGUCGCCAACGAUCAAGAGCAUGAGAGAUUUUCUGUGAGCAGCGAAGUGAGCGAGCGAGCUCUCCGAGAAAUCUAUCUUAAGCCUUUCCAAAUUGCGAUUCGCAAAUCUGACCCGUGGGCCCUUAUGUCAUCAUACAAUCGUGUCAAUGGCCUUCAUGUUUCUGAAGAUAAACGUCUGCUUGACGACAUACUAAGGAAGGAAUGGGGAUACAAGGGCUUAAUUAUGAGCGACUGGACCGGUGUUUACAGCACUGUUGAAAGCAUCAAGGCAGGAGUUGAUCUGGAAAUGCCCGGUCCAAGCGUUGUUCGCGGCCCAGCCGUUCUUCGCGCGAUUCAAGCAGGAAAACUUGUUGACAACGAUAUCAAUGAUCGGGUCCGAAAGGUUCUCGAACUCCUGCGCAAGGCUCAUAAUUCAGGUAUCUCGUUUAAUGGCCUAGAGGAAGGCGUCGACACACCGGAGUUACGCAAACUCCUGCGACGAGCCGCGGCUGAUUCAGUAGUGCUCCUGAAGAACAAGGCUGGUCUCCUUCCUUUAAGCGCUCCAACAUCCAUCGCGGUAAUAGGGCCUAACGCGAAAACAGCCAUGACUUCUGGAGGCGGCUCGGCGCAGUUGUUGUCUACUUAUACUGUCAGCCCCCUUCAGGGUAUCAUUGAGGCGGCGAAAGCCGUAAAUGCGCAAGUUAAUUAUACAGUUGGCGCCACAUCUCAUAAAUUGCUGCCUUUGUUGGAUGCAUCCAUCAAACAGCAGGACGGCACGCCUGGGGCCCUCUUGGAAUUCUGGAAUGAACCUCCCACGCCUGACUUCAUAUCACCACAAGCCGACCUGAAUUCGUCAUUGAAGCAGCCCGUAUGGGAUACAAAGACUUCGGUUUCUAAUUGUAUCCUCCUUGAUGGUGUGAAAGCAGAGAAGGUCAGCACAAGUUGCUGGACCCGCUACUCCACGACUUUUAUUCCUGACGAAUCCGGUGACUGGGAGUUUGGCAUGAACGUUUCUGGAAUCGGAAAUAUGUUCAUUGACAAAAAAAUCGUAAUCGACCAGAGCACCAAGACAGAGUAUUCAAAGUCCUUCUUUGGUGCAGGAUCGACAGAAGUUAGGGCCAUCGUUGAAGGAAUGAAAGCUGGUCAGGAGUAUGGACUUGAAGUUCGUCUGAGCAAUGUCGAGUUCAUUGCAAGGGGACCUCCGUUCCCUUAUUGGGGCGGUUUCCGGUUAGGUGGUAUACGUGUUGUUGGAGGGCAGGAAGCCAUUCAGGAGGCCGAGGCGUUAGCCAGGGCUUCGGAUGUUGUUAUUCUUUUGAUCGGCCUCAAUCAUGACUGGGAAAGCGAAGGUUUCGACCGGGAUCACAUGAAAUUGCCGGGAUUGACGAACGAUUUGGUCUCUAAAGUUCUACAAGCCAACCCGAGAACUGUCGUUGUGAAUCAGUCAGGGACACCCGUAGAGAUGCCUUGGAUUGACGACGCCGAUACUGUGCUCCAGGCCUUCUAUGGGGGUAAUGAAUUGGGCAACGGCUUAGCUGACGUGCUAUUUGGAAAAGUCAAUCCCUCAGCCAAAUUGUCGCUUACAUUCCCCAAACGUCUUGAGGAUAAUCCAUCUUAUCCUUCGUUUGGCAACAAGUGCCAGGAACAUGGGAAAGUCUUGUACAACGAGGGUAUCUUUGUUGGAUACCGAGGAUAUGAGAUCAAGAAGACCGCGCCUCUUUUCCCGUUCGGCUUCGGCCUAUCGUACUCAAAGUUUGACUAUUCUGAUCUGAGCUGUUCAGAAAUAUCUCCCGACGGGAAAUUUAGCGUACAAUUCAAGAUCACGAACUCCAGUGGCAUUGACGGACGGGAGGUCGCGCAAAUAUACAUCUCUGAUGUGGAAAGCUCUUUGCCUCGUCCAGCGAAGGAGCUCAAGGGGUUUGUAAAGGAAAUGUUGAAAGCAGGAGAAACCAAGGUUAUAAUUUUUUCCCUUGACAGAGAUGCAUUGGGAUACUAUGACGACCGCAAAUCGAGUUGGAUAGCUGAGAAGGGCGAAUUUGUUGUGCUCGUGGGACCGUCGUCGGCAGAUGUCAGGAUGGAAAGAAGCAUUGAAUUGAAGAACACCUUCAGCUGGGUGGGACUGUAGGCUGAAUAUGUAUCCUGACAAGGCUACUUAUAAUGCGGUGCCCGUACUCAUGUUAAAUAUAGCUCUUUUACUUCGCAGAUUUACGAAGUUACCGGUCCAAAGCCGGAGCGAAUCGGUGCCGGCCUGAUUGAGUGCACGGUAGCCGAGUUGAUAUUUUCGCAUAUUCAUGCAAUUUUGCUGUCGUAUAUUUCUUAUCUGCAAC